CACGCGUGUUCGGCGAGCGCGAUGGAGGAGGAAUGGAUCCCGAACGACGAGGACAUUGAGACGAUCUUUAGCAUGGACCAGGGGCUCCUGGGCAUGGAGGAACCGUCCAAGAAGCGAACGCGGCCCGACGACGGCUCAGACGACGGCGCCUCGAGCAGCGACGAUGACGGCGCGGACCUCGAAAUGGAGAUGGAGCGGCAGAUGCAGAGUCAGGUCCAAGACGUGCACGCGAUCCGGCGGCUAAAGCACCGCAUCAUCUCGCGCAAGUCGCGCGCCAAGAAGAAGCGCGACAUGGAGGCGCUGCAGGUGCAGGUGCACGAACUCGAGGCGACCGUGAAGCGGCUGCAGGCGUCGUCCUCGGUCGCUCUCGUCUCAAACGCCACGGACCGCAAGACCGCGUACCUGCGCCUGUUUGCGGAGGCCGAUCGGCUGCGCGAAGAGAACCGGAACCUCAAGCUCGCGAUCGAAAAGCACGUCGGGUUUGCCAACUCGGUGCAGUCGUCGAUCGCGGCCGUCGAAAAGUGGGAGAAAGAAAACAUUGUGCUCGCCGCGCUCUGCGACUUUGUCGUAUUCCACGCGCUCUCGCCCGUCCAGUUUGAGUGUCUCCGCCAGAAGACGCUCGCCGAGUGCGCGAGCUUGACCGUCGCCGCCGACGCACCCCAGCGCUUCCAGGGCUGGGAGGACUUUCGGCGCACAGACUUUCCGCCGCCGAGCGCGCCACACCAGCAAUCCAGCGCCGUCCCGUCUCGCGCGUCGUGGGUCUCGUCCAAGGUCCUAUCGCUACCGCCGGGAACAACGCUGCAGACAAUCGCUGACAAGACGUGGCGUAUCUACCAAAAGAAGGCAGCGUGUGAGCGCCUCCUGCCAUAUCUGCGCAAGCUCGAGGUGCUGCAAACCGUCAACGACGACGCAUUCGUGUGUCGACGGGAUCUGCUUUUCCCGCACGCAAAGACCCAGCGCGUGCACUAUACGACUCUGCUUGUGCUCCGGGCGUCACAUGCCGAUGGCCGGGUUACGUUCUCGGUCAAGACUAUGGACAACCCGAUCACCGACUCGGCCCUUGGCGAUUCGGAAGCUUGGCUCCAUGAGUGUGUCGAGCUCACACUUUCGCCCGUGCCCAACGGCGCAUGUCAUGUGCGUUGCCGAGGGUUUCAGGACAACGCAAUGGUGUCGUAUGCCAAGCCGGCGCUCGUCGAGCUCCUCGCCGUGCUCUUGCGCUGGGAAGCGUAUGUACUCGAGCCAGAUGAGGAGACGCAACGGUAAAGAUACAAACGCGUGUUUCGUCCCCAAGAAAUGCCCAGUGUACAUGCAGAAAAC